AAUUAAUGUCUAGUGCAAAAUUCUAACUAUACUACAGUAGUUUAGUAGUUUACAUUAAUACUACUGGAAGCAAAAAUUUCAAAUUUAGUAUAUUAUUAAAAAGAUCCAAGCUAAUUUAGAGGGAGGGCCCAUACGAAUAUUAAGUGAUCAGUGCAGUUACUGUGGGAUAACGUAGUAUUGAAGUAUUGGUUGGAUUGAGAAAAAUGCCCAAAACUGUGGACAAAGAGGUGGUCGAGAGCUAUGUGAAUGAGUUCAAUGAUGUGGCAGAGGGUAUGCCCAUUGAAUUGUCUCGUAUUAUAUCCGAGGGAUUGGGAUGUGAUUGCGAUAUAAACACGAAAAUCAAGGAAAUUGAAGACAUUUGGAGCCAAGUGUCGGAGGAAGCCAGUGAUGGGCGCAAACAGAUUCUGGUGAACCGUAUCGAGAAUUGCUUGAAACAAAUGCAAGAGAUUUAUGAACACAAACUUGAAUUGAGUCAACGACUGGUCACCAAAAUUAGGGCCAAAGAGACACAACUGAAUGAAAGCUACAAUGGAUUGCUUCUGUACGACAGGACACAGCCAUUCACUUACGGCACCAGAAGUGGCCGACUCUUCAACGGCCAAUCGCCUCAUCAAACACCUAAUCCCUGACCCAUUCAUACAUUUCCUUAUCUUUCAAUUACUAAUACAAUUUAAUAAUAAUGUGAACCAACUUUCAAUGUUUAGACUAAUAUAAAACAAAUGUCAUUUCAUGC